AUGUCCAACGUAGGGCUCAAAACCAAGACCAAGCGGGUCUCCGCUCGGUCACCAUUCGAGAACAACACAGCCAAAUCCCACUCGGCGGACGAGGAUAUCGACAUGGACGACGAGACCAGCUCCGACGAGGAGAGCAUUCCGGAAAAGGACGAGGAUGAGCUCAAGCUUGAGCGGAUGCUUUUCGGUGACGAUGAGGGAUUCAUGAGUGCGUUGAAGGCUCAGCAGCAACGAGAGGAUGGAAUGCGACUCGUGGUGCAUAGCGAUGAGAGCGCUGAUGAGGAGGGGGAGGACGAGGAGGAGGUUGACUUGGCCAACAUUCCCGAUUCAGAUCUUUUCUUCCUCGACUCUGGCAAUGUUCAAACUUCAACCGAACUGGCCGACUCUGCGGAGACACCAUCUGACGAUGAGGCGGAUGAGGAGGACGACGAUGAUGCAGUUCCUGCAGUGUGGCACGACAGUGACGAUGAGCGCAUUGCGGUCUCUCUAGCGAGCCAAUCUAAAUUGCGCAAACUACGAAACUUUGAGUCGGAGGAUAUCAUCAGCGGUACGGAGUAUAUUCGACGACUACGUCGGCAAUUCCAGCGCAUGAACCCGACACCUGAAUGGGCGGACCCGGAGCUCGCAUCGAAGCGUCGCAAGGUUGACUCGGACGACUCGGGCAUGGAAAGAGACGAGGAGAUGGACUCGGACGAGGAUGAAACCUUGUCUUCCCAGCCGCUGGCCAAGCUCCUCCAAAACACCUCUGACCUGACCCGCAUUGAAGACAACUCCAAGCCUGGCAGCAAGCGCAAAUUGCGCCAGGAAGUGGUGAACAUCCAGCGAUUGAAAGAUGUCGGCAAGGCGCAACCGUCCUCCAUCGACUCUCUCAUGUUUCACCCUCACUACCCUCUUCUGCUCUCUUCGGGCCCAGCUUCUACACUCUUCUUGCAUCACAUCUCACCUUCUGCACCCUCGCCCAAUCCCCUCCUCACCUCCCUUCACAUCAAGCGCACCCCGCUCCACACAUCAGCCUUUGCGCCCCCCAAUGGAAACCGAAUCUUCGCGUCCGGUCGUCGCCGAUACUUCCACAUCUGGGAUCUCGACACCGGCAAAGUUGACAAGGUCAAUGGCUCAGCGGACCGCAAGGAAGAGCAAAAAUCCAUGGAACGAUUCAAGGUCUCUCCCUGCGGACGCUACGUUGGCUUGGUCGGCACAUCUCGCAAGGGUGGCGGUCUGAUCAACGUCCUCGACUCGGGUACUGCGCAAUGGAUUGCGCAAGUUCGUGUGGACGGCCGCGGUGGUGUGGCCGAUUUCGCAUGGUGGUCCGAUGGCGAGGGUAUGACGGUGGCAAGCAAGAACGGCGAAGUAUCCGAAUGGGACGGUCGUCAACGUCGAAUCAUUGCCCGCUGGCUGGAUGCCGGCGCCGUCGGAAACACCGUCAUCGCACUGGGUGGUCGCAGCGGCCGGACCGAACUUGGUGGAGAUCGCUGGGUGGCCAUCGGCAGUACCAGUGGAAUUGUCAACAUCUACGAUCGUCGCGACUGGGCCGCUGCAGCCGCGGCGGGUGCGUCUUCAAGCGCGAAGAUCAACGACGACUCAACCCAGGCAGGUGUCCCGCGAAGCCCGACGCCCGCUCGAGUAUUCGAUCAGCUCACCACACCCGUCAGUCAUUUGGUAUUUGCACCCGAUGGACAGAUGAUGGUGAUGGCGAGUCGCUGGAAAAAAGAUGCGCUCCGACUUGUGCACCUCCCUUCAUGUACCGUGUACCGCAACUGGCCUACAUCCAGCACUCCGCUCGGCCGCAUUUCAUCCGUUGCCAUCUCUCCUAACAAUGAGCAGCUCGCCAUUGCCAACGAGCAAGGUCGGAUUCGCUUGUUUGAAAUUCGCGGAUAG